GAGAAUGGCUAUUGCGCCUAUUGCAAAAUGAUAAGCAUUCUCACUCGUUAUGUCACUCUUUUUGACCCUUUUCUCUUGCUUCCUCGCUUCCACUGAUUAGAAUUGGAUUUUAUCAGUGGCAUCUCUAUAGACUAUAGUCACAGCUCUUGCCAAUAAUUCGCAGUUUCUAUGCUUAGCACAGAACAACAAGGAAUGGACGAUUAAUUCGCAGCAGUGUAAGAGUUUUGAGCAAAACAUGGCUCAACAGGAUGAGGGUUGGCCUCUGGGUUUACAGCCACUGAAUGGAAGAAUUGAAUUGGUGAGAAACAGUGACAAUGGUGGGUCAAUAUCAUUCAACACCUUACUUACUGGCUCCCCAUCUUCUUCUACAGAUUCUUCAUCAGAACUAGACACAGAGUCCACAGGGUCUUUUUUCCCAGACAAAAGUACCACACUUGGGAGCCUCAUGGGUGUCUCUAGCAUUGUAGAGCUGUCCAGAAGAUCACUGAGAGGGACAAAAACAGAAGUCUUCAAGAAGAAGAAGAAGAUCAAUUUCAGCUCAUUGUUAUUAUGUAUGUGUUCAAGGGAUAGAAAUCCUGAAGCUGAGAACCAGAAAAAUAAUCCCCGGUCCCUUGGUCAAUUUCUUGCUGUGGAAAGAAGAGUUGCUAGUGAAAAUAGAAGGAACCAAAACCCUCUUAUUUACGGCCCCGAUGAUGAGCUUGCAUUGGCUGAAACCAUUAUUUCGGAGCAAAAUUCACUUUUUAUGAAUGGCACCAUUGCUCCCCCUCACUCCGUUGGAACAGAGAGAGAAAGCAUGGAAUUGGAGAACGAAAACAAAGGGUUUGGUUCACUUGCACAAAUGUUUUCAUGCAUGUGUGGACAAGCUGCAGUUGGCUAAUUCUUAAUUAUGAUUUGGCAUCUCCAACACAGUCUUUUUUCUUCCUAGUAUCUUUUUAAUCUAUGUUUGACCUAUUGUUCGAUGAUCAAAUUUCAAUAUUUUUGGGGGAGGGGAUAAAAAUUCGAUUAGUGUAUUCUAUCUAUUACCCCCGGAUAAGUAAUAGGUUCUAACAUUUAAGCUACUCUUAUGCCAAAAUUGACUCAAUCGC